AGGGAUCCAAACCAGGAGAGGAUCCAGCUUCACAGUCCCUAGAUACUACUGAUGUGAAGCCUACUGGAUCCCCACCAGGCUCUUCAACGGCUGGUGUCUCCGCUGAUGAAAACCGAAACUAUGUUGUGAUUGCUGGGGCUAUUGUUGCUAUAUCUGCACUAGGCUGGUAUUUGCUUUCAAAGCCAAAGAAAUCUGAAGAAGUCUCUAAGUGAGCUCAGCUAAGCAAAAGACUCAUUUCAUCUCUUUUUUUUUUUUCUUAUUUGCUACUGUUUACUGUGAUAUUGGGAUUACCUCCAUCUACUUUGAUCUUAUGCUACUUUUCAUAAAUAAUGAUUUGCACUUGAUAGGUUCUUCUGGAGAACAUCUUGCAGCGUAUAUUGAUUGUGCACAAUUCUUGAUUGCUAUUACCUAGUGAAAGCUUGUUAGCCACUGGAUCAAAAGGAAAUUUUUUUGGCAUCAUCUUGUUCAAGUUGUGCUUGUUAUUGCAUUUGAAUAUGGUUAUGUUGGAUUAUUAUACUAACCUGUUUAGCCUUGCAUUGUGGUUUUCCA